UAGGCGUCGUAUAUAUAGGUGCUACUAAAAUUGUUGGUAACUGAGCUUUUGGCAACGGUUUCUAGCUGUUGUGGAUAACCUCAACUGAUAAAAUCAAACCACAUUUGAUUAAAUCAUGGCUGACGCUUUCAAGCGCCUUCUAGGUGAGAAACUACAGGGCCAAGGAGCGGAUGAGGUCUCCACAGAGAGUAUCUGUGGUGAAGGGAAGGUUGUUGGCUUGUACUUCUCAGCUCACUGGUGUCCGCCUUGCCGCGGUUUUACGCCCAAGUUAGCCGAGUUCUACAAGAAACAUCACUUAGAGAAAAAGUUCGAAAUUGUUUUUGUGAGUUCUGAUAAGAAUGAGUCUGAGUGGAAGUCAUAUUUCAAUGAAAUGCCCUGGAUUGCUUUGCCUUUCGCUGAUCGUGAUCGAAAGGAGAAACUUUCAAAAAAAUUUAAAGUUGAUGGAAUACCAACACUGGUCAUACUGGAUGGAAAGGAUGGAAAAGUUAUAGUAGCCAAUGGGCGAACAAAGGUUGCAGAAGAUCAGCAAGCCAAAGACUUUCCGUGGAGACCUAAAGGACUGGCUGAUGUAAUGAAAGAUGUAAAAUUGGUUAACCAUGAGAAAGAGGAGAAGUCAUUUGCUGAUUUAACUGGGAAAGUCCUUGGGUUGUACUUCUCGGCACAUUGGUGCCCUCCUUGCCGAGCCUUUACACCACAAUUGAUUAAGACGUACAAAAAGGUUAAGGAGAAGGGAGACGCCUUUGAAAUCAUUUUUGUGAGUUCAGAUCGCAGUGAGGAAGGGUACAGUGAUUAUUUUAAAGAGAUGCCCUGGCUCUCUACUGGGUUCCAGGAAGGUAUCAAAAAAGACCUGACCCAGAUGUAUGGAGUGCAAGGCAUUCCAACUUUGAUUCUUUUUGAUGAGAAGCACAAGAUCAUCUCUUCAAACGGUCGUCAUGUAGUUUCAGCUGACCCAGAAGGAGAGCAAUUUCCUUGGAAACUGAAGCCUUUAAAUGUGAUCAAUCAACUAACAGUCAGUACUGUGAAUGAUGAGAAAUGUCUGAUAUAUUUCACAGAUGGUAAAGAAGCCUCUAUUCAGGGUGCUAAAGAUAUCAUUCAACCAGUGGCUGAGCACUACUUCAAAGUGGCAGAGGAAGCAGAUGACGACCCUCCUUUGUUCUUCUUUUACACAAAAAGAGAUGACACCUCCAACAGUUUGCGUGAUUUUAUAGGUCUUAAUGAGGAGGAUGAUGGUACAUCUGCGGGUAUUCUAGUGAUACUAGAUAUUCCAUCGCAAAUGGUCUACGAGUGUCAAGAAGAGGUGCUGACUAAAGAGGUUGUAGAGGCAUUUGUAAAUGAUUUUGUCAAUGACAAACUAAGUGGCGAAAGGCUUCCUUUAAGGUGAUGAGAUACCAAUGAUUUCUGGGUAUUUGAGUUUCCACAUGACUAUAAGAAAAUUUUGUUUUGUUUUAAUGAUGUAAAUGUAAGAAACGUUUAAUCAGUGACACCUAAGCAUUUUUUUUUAGCUUAAUUACAUGAACAUGACUUUGGUUUUCAGUGUACACUGUAUGUAUGCAGCCUUCCUCAUGUUUUCACUUUUUUUUUUUCUUUUUAAGGUAUUUUUUUUCUUUUUGUUUUUGGUUAGUAGUAGCAAUUUAGGACAAUUAUUUUGGAAGGGACAGACUAAAAUUUCAUUUGAACAUGACUGAUGUGCACAUGUUCCUAAGCAAAUUUGUAUUCUUGUCAUUUUUUAAUCCCCAUAUACAAUGAGCGUUUUACUAGUUACUGUAUCAAUAUUUUGUACUGUAAAAGGGGCUAAGGGGUGUGAUCUUGCUUCAAAUACAAGGAACUUAUUGUUGUCUCCAGAAAGUGCUCAGAGGCUAGCUGAGAAAAUUUGCAUAAGAUCUUGGAUUAUAAAUUAGAUGCAAAGCAAACAAAAUAAUACUUAUGUGUUUCAAGUAUGAGAGCAUUUUAAUGAUGAAAGGGUGAAGCAAGUAAACAGUUUUUGAUGUAGUUAUUUUGUUGUAGUUCUGUAAAAUGUUAAGACAAACUGUACAGUGGAUCAUGUAACUUUUAGGCAAUAACUUAAUUUAUUAACUGUGCAUGCAUCACUAUUUGUAAAAGCUGGGUGUUAGCAAGCAUAAAAGCUGAAUAACAGUGGUUAAAUGGUACAUUCCCAUCAAUUUACAUGCCAUUAAUUUUAUUUUGAAACGGUGCAUGAAUUUACUGUAAGUGGCUGUGUAUGCCAUAUAAAAUAAUUAUGCUUUUCAUUAUCUUCAAGCAAAAACUGUUUUUAGUCAUAACGUAUUUUAUCAGUAAUGGUACAGUGCAGAUGGUCAUAAUCUUUUUUUUUUGAAGCAGUGGUGUAACUAAGUGAAUUGCAACUGUUUUGAGAAGUUGUGUUAGUUCAAAAUAUAGCCAGGUAGUUAGCCCUAAUCCAGGAUUGAAAUUUCAACUUGAUUUGGAUUUGACCAGGUGUAACUCUUUAUGAUUCCUUAUCUUACUCUGGAAGAUGCUGAGGACACUCCAAGCAAAAAUGGCAAAACAAUCUAAGUGCUACAAGACUUAACCCUUUAACUCCCAAGAUCUGUUUAUUUAUUUUCUGCUCUAGCUGCUUUACAUUCCCUUUUACAUCAGUUACAAGAAUUUGGUGUUAGAUUGAGAUAACUUCUACCAGUUAAGUUUGUGUAUUCUCAUUACCCAUUUGCAAGAUAACAUUUGGAUAUUGUAGAGAGGAGUUAUUUGUUAAUCACUUCUGGGAGUCAAAGGGUAAAUAAAAAAAGUCUGGUAGCCUUUGGUAAGAAUCCCGACUCUGAUUUUAAAGGGUGUUCACGCAAGUCAGACAAUUCAACUCAUUAUGUUGUAGUAUUUAAGGUACUUCUAUAGUCAGAUCACACCAGAUGUAUAUGUAUUAAGCUCAUUAGAAUUGUCAUGUUUAGUAUUCAACCUACUACUACAUUGUACCUUAUUAUAGUGUGUAGGGAAAUAUCUGUACAACUCUCUCGGAGGGUUUUUUGUAGUGUGCUAGCCCUCAGGGCAUAUCCUCUGUGAAAAAAGUGUGUAGUAAUAAUAAUUUAAUGCAAGUUUAUGUAAUUAUAAACGCCUUGAAGAUUUCCUGGGUCUAGGGCAAAAUCCUGGGGGUACUCCCUGGAGCUCUUUGUUGGGGUGUGUCGGUGGGUUCUCUAAAUCCUGAUCUUAUACAAGACUAAAUACCGCUGUAACCCCCUAGAGGUUCAUACCCAAUUUUAACCGUACAAGUCAAUCAUGCAAUCGUACUCUUUGGGGUGGCAUACAACCAAGAAAUGUACACAGAGGAGUGCCCCCUCCCCUUAGCAGGGAAGACACAAGGUUGUUAGUUUGUUACCCUUACUAAGUAGGUAGAACGAAGUAAGUAAUUUUAAAUGAACUACAUUAAGUUACUUAUUUUAUCCCAUGACAAUGCAAGCGUGUGUGGAAAUAAUCGUAACCUUGUUCAACAAUAAAAGUGUGUUGAAGUAA